AUGAGCACACUCUUUCGUCUAGUAGAUGUAAACGGGAACGAGUACUCGACUGUUGAGGACUACAAUCUCCAAUUGGCUUUAGAAGAACUCAAUCAACAAUUUCAACGGAUCCAAACACAACAGGCAAGAUUAGAUCGCGAACGGCGACGGAUUGAGGUCGCUAGAAACGAUGUUCUGCAGCAAAUCCAGCGUCGGAAGUUUGAAACAUACCUUCAGGAACGAGAGCAAGAAGCUCGUCUUCAAGAGUACUAUGCUCAGCGUCUACAAGAAAAGCAAGCUUUUGAAAACGUCAUUCGUGCUAUUGUUCAACAUCAUAUUGCCGACGAUGAACGUCAAUUAGAAAGAAGACGUGAACGGGAAGCUCGUCGCUUAAUGCAGCGGAUUCUCGUCUCGCGUUCUCCCGACAUGCAACUCGUCCUCCCUUCAGGAUUUGAUCAAUUGUUUAUUCAUCACCCUGCUGUUGACGAAACAUACAUGUCCAGUGAUGAAGGUGAAGUAGAAAAUGACACUGUUCCUGAAGAGGGACCUCGAGUCAGCGAGUUGCAGUCUCAGAGACACCAAGCCGACCGUCGUUCUGGCGAGCUCUCUCCCGACGAGCUCGAAGAGUUAAACGAGUAUCUUUCUGGCGUUCAGCGCCGUCUCAAUAAGCGAGGCAACCCGAGACAACACUAUGCUUUUACCUCCACUUCCAACGGCACGAAUCACGAUGACACUGAGACUGCUCUGAAGAACUUGGUUCAACAGGGUCGCUCUCCUAUGCCGGAAGUGAUUGAGCCAGAAGAUGUUCCGGCCGGACAGCUGGAGCCCUCCGAUACUUCUUCAUCAACCGUAAAUGAAACGGUUUCCGAUGAUGCUCCCUCUGUCUCCUUCACCGCUUCUCACCCACGGGAACCUGUCCCCACCCCUGCAUCUUCGAAACCCGUUCUCACACCUGCGGACCUUGUGAAGCAGGAAGAUACCUCGAGUGAGUUGCCAACACCUAUAGAGAAACCAAGUGAUGCAGCCCCAUCGUCCAGUGCUGUUCCGGUAAAGGAGGAAACCAGUGCGUCAGGAAAUACAGCACCACUUGUUCGCACUUCUUCACAUUCGUCGUCGCAUUCCGGUGUCUCACAUCGUGUAACUAUUGAAGACGUACCUGAUGAAGAGGCGUAG